GGUGAGCAGCAGCAGGUGUCGUGUUUCCGUACAACUCUACUGAGUGGCUUUUAAACCGGUAAUAACAACUCUGAUAUCAUAAUGUAAUAUUUUAAACUUACCUACAACCUUCCUUACCGCAGAACACAGGAUACUAAAGUGCUCUGAAGGAGGGAAUAAUGGUCAUCUUGUUGGCAUGCACUUGCUUCCUCUUCGCACUUGUUGACGGGCGCUUGGCAACGCGGCUGGGUGGACUUUGCUCCCGGACGUCUCGUCUGCGGUUCCAGAGCGUUGGUUAUUGAGACACAACUUACCAGCGUGUGUGAACAGCGAGCACUUUGAGGAGCGCAUGGUCUACGUGGGAGAAGGGACUAGAUACCGUCUGAAAUGCCCUCUGGCCGCCUGGUUGGGGGUCCGGAUCCCGGACUCCCAGCCAGGCGGCCAGAAGGGGGCCGUGACCUGGCUCAGAGACUGCCGCGAGCUGCCGCCCCCGCCUCCCCCCGGCCGCUCGGACCCCGGCCCCGGGCUCUUCCUGGAGUUCCCCACCUUGGGCCUUGAGGACCAGGGGAACUACACCUGCCUGCUACCGGACAGCCUCAUCUCCUUCACCGUGCACCUCCUGGUCAAGGAGUCCCAGUGUUCCAGGGCCCCGGAGUUCAUGCCGGGUGGGGGGUUGACCCCCCUCUGGGGACGCCUGGGGUCCACUGUGUGGCUGAACUGCACCGCGCUAGUUCCCUGGGACCCGGCUGAGGAGCCCCCCUGUGCCCCACCCACCCUGCAGUGGAGCAAAGAUGGCCGCCUUCUCACCAACCGUACGGAGAACCCUCGGAAUACUUCUUCAUGGUCUCCCAGUAUUGGACAUGUGACACUAAGCAGUCUCCUGGAGAUCUCUCUGCAGGAGCAGGCGGACUUUGGGCUGUACCUCUGCAUUGUGAGAAACACAUCAGACUCAUUUCAAGUGCAGAACGCAGACCGCCCUAGCCACACUGCCGCUGUCAUCGCCGCAGUGGUCUUACUCCUGCUCCUCUCUGUGGCGGCGUUGGUCUACUCCAAACAUCACCUGGACAUCAAACUGUGGUACAGGAACACUUACGGAGACUAUGAACUCAACGAUGGUAAAUUGUACGACGCAUACGUCUCCUAUGUGAAUAACGAGUACGACAGAAAGUUUGUAAAUUUUAUCCUGAAACCAAACCUGGCGAAACAAGGACACAAGCUGCACCUGAAUGAGAACGACAUCCUCCCUGGAGCAGGUGACUCCUCUCCUACUGUAGCGUGUGAACCUCUCCUCCCUGGAGCAGAGCCGUCCGCAGAGCUGCUGAUGAAUGUCAGCCGGUCCCGGCGGCUGGUGGUAGUCCUGUCCCAUGCCUACCUGGAGCAAGACUGGUGCACUAGGAACUUCAGGCAGGGGCUGCUGCACCUGCUGGAGCUCUCCCCCAAGCCCAUCUUCAUCACGCUGGAGGGGCAGAUGAAGAGGGCCCGGGCGGAGGUGAGGGAGGGGCUGAGGGAACAGCAGCAUCGCCUCACCCUGCUCACCUGGAAACACAACUCUGUGAGCCUGUCGUCAGUGUUCUGGAAGGAGCUGGUCUUGGCCUUGCCUCGCCGGCUGGACUUCCACUGUGAGUCCGCCAGAGACCCCCAGACCAUGCUGCAGGAGGACAAAGACCCCAUGCUGACCCUGGACCCAGACUACCUGGACUGGCGGUCAGAGGCGGACCCUGCUGGAGACCUUGGCACGGGGCGGCGCCUGCCUGUGUACAGAGCCUCAGGAGUUCCCGUGUUGGGAGCCUUUCCCACGGUGCCGGCGGAGCUCAAACACUCAGACAUCGACGUGUCAGACCUGGGCUCCCGUAACUACGGCGCCCGCACAGACUUCUACUGCCUGGUAACCAAGGAGGACAUGUGACGGUGCUGCUCCAUCACGACUCAGACCCGGACCACACCUUGCUCCCGCUCAGUGCGCAUCACCCGAGAGUGAAGAGUAGUGGGCUGCUCCCCAAAUGCAACAUUACAUUGUUUUGUACUAUUUCGUGGAUUCAAUUCACAGAAUAACAUUUUGUACAGUUUACCAAAGAAGGUUUUAUGUAGUUAAUUAAAUAGAUUAGUAAACAAUAAAAAGUAUGAAUGAGUCAGAGUUUAUCAUUUAGUUAGCAGAUGGACCUUUCAGACACACCUGGAAUUGUGAUUCACUUGACAAGGUCGCUCCUAUCGAACAGAUGGCGUGAACAUCAACUCAAUGCUGUUUGAAUGCUGUUUGAAUGCUGUAAUUGUCCCCAUUAAGAGGCUGGUUGUUAAGUAUGUAAAAGGUGAUGGCAAGAGCAAACACACAAAGCAAUCAGGGGACGGGUGUGGCAGCUCAGGACAGGAAUGGUUCCUGUCCGAGCAGGAGAAAUAUGCAGGGAGGGGCCGUCCUCUUACAGUCGCGAUUAGUAACUUAAACGCAAACACCAUGAGGCCAUGACAUCCACCAGGCGCAUCCACCACAGCACUCUUAAAUGCUUUCAUGUAAAAUAAUGAAAUUGGUUGAUGUUCUUUAUUAAAAAUAAAUACAUCUGAUCUUGUGAUAAUAUAUGAUAUGAAUUCAAAUGCUGAAAUAUAUACAGUGACAUUUUCAACACGGCAGUUCUGGAUUAAUGUUUGCGAUUAAACAAGAAUUUCAUUCAUUUGCAUGUUACAUGCAAUAACAUGUCGAUUAAAGUCAUUGUAAUCUACAAAGUAUGUCAAGAUUGAAACAUCGAACAGACACUUAAAAACCUGUUGAGUACCAAACAAAAUACAUUCUAGUUAGCAUUAAAACAGAGCAUGUUAAACUUGCUCCCAACAUCCGCAGGACAAUUUGCAGUGGGUCUGCCAGAGUACAUAAAACAUGAGCUGGCAGAUUGUGCUGGUUCACAUGCUGACUUUAAACCACAACCAUUCUGAAUAAUUCUUACACCUUUAUACAUUAACAUUAUCUUAGGUUUCAAGAUAUGAAAAUUGGGGUCUUACGGAUUAAUGUUUUUGAAAAAUGUCACCUUUAUGAUAAACAGCAUAGAAUUGUAUAAAGAAUGAGUUUUAAUUGCUAAAACAUAUAAAAAGACUAAAUAUUUACAGAAGUCAUUUUCUACAUGCCUAUACAUCCACACACGCCCACUAGUAUAUAUAUUUUCUUUAUGUGUAUUCUUUUACUAUUUCAUUUAUUUAACAAAGCACUUUUUACAAAAUAACAAUGAGACAAGGGACGCUAUUUAUAUUAGGAUUUAUAAAAUGCUAGUUAGAGGGCGUUGUGGAGUAAACAGUAACGAGAUGGGACACUGAGUCUUUUUCGUUUUCUCGUGGGAGUGUUCACACGAGAAGGAGAUUACACACAACGGGCCUCACUGUUUUACUCAAUCAUUUCAUUUGGAUACAUAAAACUAAGAUGAUACAGAAACAGAGAGCAGUUGAAAGAAGGGGGGAGAGAGAACAGGGUGGAAAUAAAAUCCCUGAUUCUCUUUCUUUUUUUUACCGAUGUUUAACAAAUGUCAAUCGUUAAGGUGCACACCAUAUCUAUAAUUACCAUUUUAUUCACACAGUCCAUCGUUUUUCCCAAUGCAGCUGAAAAAUCCUGUUGUAGUGAACGCACGUUGAAUGUCCCUGCUCUCUACCCAGUAGAUUCCCGUCAACAAGUCCUUGACGCAGAUGAUUAUAUACAUACUGAAGUCGUUACUUCUUAUCAGAUGGACAAAUCGGCGAAGUCUGGCCUCGUAAACCCUUUCUGUAAGACAGAGUGACAAGUCAAAACGUUAAUGUGACAUCAGGGCGAUCAAAUGUUUCGAUUAAUAACACAUACAUUAUGCAUUGACAGCUUGGGGUUUUCCAUUAAAGGAAUGGAAACAAAAAGUUAAAAAGUUCUGCCGUGAUGCCGGUAGAAAGGGGAAAUGGCAGAAAGCAAACACGCAUUUUUGGUUGUGUCAGGACUUGUGUGCGUUACACAAUACACCACAUGACCCAGCCCCUGGGUGCGGCAGGUCUGCACACCAAUAAAUCUA